GUAUCGACUCUUUCUUGUUUACACAUUUAUCCAAUCUAACUCAUUAAAAAAUCCAACAAUGGAAGAACUGUGUCGCGUUUGCAUGGAAAACUCUGAUAUUUUGACGGAUAUAUUUGCCCCUCUAAUAAACUUACAGACAAAACGGGAACCUGAAAUCAGUAUGGCCGACAUACUCAACGAACUAACAGGCUGCAAUAUGAUUGUUAAUUACAAUAGUGAACUGCCCCAAUAUAUUUGCACAAAUUGCAUGAAGGGAGCAAAAGCGGCAUUGGAUUUCAAACGCAUGGUGGAAAGGAACAGUGAACGCUUUAUGGAGCUACACAGCAUGCCCGGAGAUCAGAAGAGUAAAGUGAAACUGAAACAGGAAGAAGACGACCUCAUUGCCAUCUGCAAUAUGCUCAAUGCAGAGGAUUUGCAACUUAUGGACAACCUGGAAGAGGAAACAAAAGAGUUGCAUAUUGAAGCGAAUGCAACGCACCAUUACAACACCCGACGGAAGAGAAUAAACAGACACAGCGUAUCGAGCAUGAGCAGCGAGAGCUUCUUGACCGAAAGCGGCCAAGACUAUGAGGACGAGAAGAAGAGUUCUCUUGCAUGUCCCUACUGCCAAAUUGUUCAAAGCAGCAAAGGCAACCUAAAGGCCCAUCUGCGCACACACACCGGAGAGCGACCUUUUAAGUUUGCAGCGUGUCCGAAGUCCUGUGCAGAGGAUUUACAACUUAUGGACAACCUGGAAGAGGAAACGAAAGAAUUGAAUAUUGAAGUGAAUUCAAAGCAUCAUUACAACACCCGACAGAAGAGACUGAACAGAUACAGUGUAUCGAACAUGAGCAGCGAGAGCUUCUUGACCGAAAGCGGCCAAGACUAUGAGGACGAGAAGAAGAGUUCUCUUGCAUGUCCCUACUGCCAAAUUGUUCAGAGCAGCAAAGGCAACCUAAAGGCCCAUCUGCGCACACACACUGGGGAACGUCCAUUCCAGUGCCCCCACUGCCCAAGGACAUUCACUCAAAAGCAUAAUAUGACCGUGCACAUACGCACGCACACCGGAGAGCGUCCUUUUAAGUGUGCAGCGUGUCCAAAGUCCUUUGCUCAGCUUGCGGGUUUAAUUGCCCACAAUCGCAGACGUCCAUGGGAUCACAUAUUGGGAUCGAAACAUGUAAUUAAACAAAAACGUCUUAAAAAAUAUCGUCGCAUGAAGGUGCAUAACUAAUGACCAUAUAAUCUAAUAAAUCAAACAUGACCUAUCAAAUAAAA